ACAGCUGUGCUCGGUCACACUUUCGCGCAGGACGUCCCUGUGUCAGGGGUGAAUAAGUUAUCUUUCCUCCUCCUCUGUCUCUCUCUGCAUACAGGCUUUUUUUUUUACCGGCAGCUGCAAUUAAGAAACCACGCCUGUUGCGCUUUAAUUUCUACUGAAUUGCCGCACUCAUACAACUCUACCCUGGAGCUAAACGAGCUGUCUCAAGGGGCCAACGACCUGCUGCUCGUCCAGAAACUAUUCACCCCCCUCUUUAAUUAUUUUAUUAUCGCGAGAGUGCGCAGUACGACCCUCCCGGGGGCUGAUCUUGACCACCGCUGCAGUUAAUAAUAACCCCGACGGUCAGCGAGCGCUUCUCUGGCCGGGAACGCGCACUGUAAAACAGCAAUGGAGUACCUCAAGUUUUGUUUUGUGUUUUCAUGCUGGAUCAAGUUUGCAAGUUCUGUCUAUUCUACUGAUGCUCCAAAGUCUCCUGCGCCCAUCCCUAAAGAAAAAUUGCUCGUCUUAACUGUCGCAACAGAAGAAACAGAUGGCUUCCGCCGCUUCAUGCAGUCUGCUAACUAUUUCAACUACACUGUGAAGGUGUUGGGAAUGGGAGAAGCGUGGAAGGGUGGUGACGUGGGCCGUUCUAUUGGUGGAGGGCAAAAAGUCAAACUACUGAAGAAGGCCAUGGAGGAUCUGGCUGACCAGGAGGAUCUUGUUGUCCUGUCUGUGGACAGCUAUGAUCUUAUCUUCGCUGGAGGACCAGAAGAGAUUCUCAGGAAGUUCCAACAAGCCAAUCACAAGGUGCUUUUUGCUGCAGAGGGACUGAUAUGGCCUGAUAAACGACUCGCUGACAAGUACCCGUCGGUCCGCAGUGGCAAGCGCUACCUCAACUCUGGAGGUAUAAUUGGCUACGCUCCGUACAUAAACAGAAUAGUUUCCCAGUGGAACCUCCACGACAAUGACGACGACCAGCUCUUCUACACUAAGAUAUACUUGGAUCCGUUACAGCGGGAAACUUUCAACAUGACUUUGGACCACAAGUGCCAGAUUUUCCAGAACUUGAAUGGAGCCGUUGAUGAAGUGCUUUUGAAGUUUGGAACGGGCCGAGUAAGAGUCAGAAACACAGCAUACGACUCUCUGCCAGUGGUUGUCCAUGGCAACGGAAACACCAAAAUGUACUUGAACUAUUUGGGCAACUAUGUCCCCAAUGCUUGGAACUAUGAACAUGGCUGUAGCCACUGUGAUGACGAUGUUGUGGAUUUGUCUCAGUUGAAAGAGUAUCCAAACGUGUUAGUCGGAGUGUUCAUCGAGCAGCCGACUCCAUUUCUUCCCGAAUUCUUCCAGCGGCUCCUGACCCUGGAUUAUCCCAAGGAUAAACUCAAAGUUUUUGUCCACAACAAUGAGGUUUACCACGAGAAGCACAUCCAGAGGUUCUGGGAGGAGAACAGGAAUGUGUUCGGCAGUUUCAAGGUUGUUGGGCCAGAAGAAAAUCUGAGCCAAGGAGAGGCCAGGAACAUGGGCAUGGACCUUUGCCGUAAGGACGCCACGUGCGACUACUACUUCAGCAUAGAUUCAGACGUCAUGCUCACCAACAGACAGACGGUGAAGCUCCUCAUUGAGCAAAACAGAAAAAUAAUUGGUCCCCUUGUCACUCGUCACAGCAAGCUGUGGUCCAACUUCUGGGGAGCCCUGAGUCUGGACGGUUAUUACGCUCGCUCGGAGGAUUAUGUUGACAUUGUGCAGCGAAAACGUGUGGGUGUGUGGAACAUUCCUUACAUGGCACAUGUAUACCUUGUCAAGGGAAGUGUUUUAAGGAAUGAGCUGAAAGAAAGGAACUACUUUGUUCUGGAGAAACUGGACCCAGAUAUGGCUUUGUGUAGAAAUGCCAGAGAAAUGACCAGUCACAGAGAAAAAGACUCCCCUUCUCCGGAAUCAUUCCAUAUGCUCAGGCCCCCAAAGGGAGUCUUCAUGUACAUAACCAACCGUCACGACUUCGGGAGGCUCAUUUCCACAGCCAAUUAUAACAUUUCUCAUUACAACAACGACUUGUGGCAGAUAUUUGAAAACCCUGUGGACUGGAAGGAGAAAUACAUCCACCCAAACUACACGAGAAUUUUCACUGAGAACUUCCUGGAGCAGCCUUGUCCAGAUGUGUUCUGGUUCCCAGUCUUUUCAGAGAAGGCCUGUGAUGAAAUAGUUGAGGAGAUGGAGCACUACGGCUCAUGGUCGGGAGGCAAACAUGAGGACAAGCGAAUCGCCGGAGGCUACGAGACCGUGCCGACGGAUGACAUUCACAUGAAGCAAAUCGGGUUUGAUAAAGAGUGGCUGCACUUCAUCAGAGAGUUCAUAUCACCCGUCACGUUAAAAGUGUUCUCUGGCUAUUACACGAAGGGUUACGCUUUAAUGAACUUUGUGGUAAAAUAUACACCUGAGAGGCAGGCGUACCUGAGGCCCCACCACGACUCCUCCACCUUCACCAUCAACAUCGCCCUCAAUAACAAAGACUCAGACUUUCAGGGCGGAGGCUGCCGUUUCCACAGGUACAACUGCUCCAUAGAGUCACCCAGGAAAGGCUGGAGCUUCAUGCACCCGGGUCGACUGACUCACCUCCACGAAGGCCUCCCCACCACCAACGGCACCCGCUACAUCGCAGUGUCUUUCAUCGACCCUUGAACCACGUGAUAACAAUGUAAAAUAGUCUUUUGAACCGUGCUUUGCCUCUUCUUUUUUUUUUUCCCCCUCCCAAAGUGUUUGUUUAUGUCAUAUGUUGUUUUGUGCGCCAGAUGUUUUGCUGAUGCAUUUUUUUUUUUAAAGCAACUGCUUUAAAAGAAUAAUUAAUUGCAUUAAAAGAAUCUCUGUCAAACAGAGUGUAGAGCGGCGAGGGAAGUGACAAAUUAACAUUUAAGAUACACAAAUGAGGAAGAAAAAAACCACCCCUUUGAUCGCUAUUGUUUUUCAAAAACCAACAUCUUUCCAGGGAUUAUCCAUACUGUAGGUUGUCGUGCUUUUCCUAAUGCUGAUUUAACGUUGUCAUGGUAACCGUCCAUUCAUUCACACUGGGAGCUUCGCUAACAAAUAGCUGUAGCACGCGAGUGUGCAAGAUGGUCACUGUGUGUCGAACUGUGUUUCAGGUAAAAAUGUCACUGAACGCAUUGACGCGAUGCUUCAGAAACUACUACUGGUGCUCAUCAACAUUCCGCGUUACUGCAUUCGCCGUUCAUGCCAAUUAUUUAAAAGUGUUUAAGAGUUGUUGUUGUUUUUUUUUUUUUUUUUCUACCCUGAAAGGAUUUAUUCAG